AACAAACAAAGUAUUUGUGUGCUCUGGCUCCAGAGAACCAACAAAGCAGGCAGGGCAGAGUACACAAGUUUCGAAGCAUGGAGUUGUUCCAAAUGCAGAAGAGAUAUAUUGAAUACAAUGCAUCAAUGUUUAGAGAGGGGUACUUUGAUGACCAGUUUAAACAGCUGCAACAACUGCAAUAUGGGGGCAGCCCUGGAUUUGUUGCUGAAGUGGUUUCAAUGUACCUCGCUGAUUCGGAUAGCCUUUUCAAUGUUCUCACCGCAGCCAUGGAUGAGGAGCCUAAAGAUUUCAAGAAGAUGGAUGGCUAUGCUCAUAAAAUCAAGGGUAGCAGCGCCGGUGUCGGUGCUCAGCGAGUCCGAGACGCCUGCAUUGCUUUUCGUGGCUUCUGCGAUGAACAGAACGCUGAAGAGUGCAUGAGAUGUCUGGUGCAAGCUAAACAAGAGUACGCAAUUGGGAAGGACAAGCUUCACCACUUGCUCAUGUUGGAGCGGCAGAUUGUGGAAGCUGGUGGCAUAGUUCCUCUGCUUCAUUUGAUGUGAGUUAAUGAAAUUUGGUCGCCUGGACUAAGACUGCGUAGCUUCAUGUUUUGGGUUCCUUUGGUUGUUUUGUUUUACUUAUUAAAAUGGAUUUCUUCAUUUGUCCAGAGCUCAAUCUUUCGUGAGAGCACUGAUGUUGUGUUGAGACUUAAAAAUAAAUUUUAGACCUUAAAGUUUGGAAGACUUUUUAUGAAGCUAUAGCAUAUUACCUUUUAUACA